AUGAUAUUCCUUGUAUUCAUCUCACUUUUUAUCGAUACAUAUCACAGAUUCGAACCCAUUCAGGCUAUUAUGGCGAUGAAACGGGUUGUCGAUUGGCGCAAGUUGCCGGUAAGCCUCACCGAGCUCUGUAUCGACACAACGCUGCGAUGCGGCCAGUCAUUCAGGUGGCGAAAGCUCAACGACGAAUGGAUAUGCACAUUACACGGGAGAAUAUUGGCUUUGAAGCAAGACGAAACUCAUUUGCACUACAAGGUCACCUGGCCAGAACGUCAAGGAGAACGCUCUUCGCCUAGCUCCUCUACCAAAGAUUUACCACUCAGAAAGGACGAUACUGAGGAUCUCCUUCGCCAUUACUUUAGCUUGGAUAUAGAUCUCGCCUCCUUGUAUCAGCAGUGGUCGAAAGAUGAUCCAAAUUUUCGCAAAAAGGCACCCAAAUUUGCAGGAGUGCGCAUUCUAAACCAGGACGCAUGGGAGGCGCUGAUAUGCUUCAUAUGCAGCAGCAACAAUAACAUUUCUCGAAUCUCCCAAAUGGUACACAAGCUUUGCAAGCACUAUGGCCCGUUUAUUGGUCAUGUAGAUGGAGAAGCCAUGCAUGACUUCCCUACUCCAGAGUCUCUGAAUCAAAAGAAAGUUGAGGCUCAUUUAAGAGAACUCGGCUUUGGGUACCGUGCCAAGUAUAUCGCAGAGACGGCUCGCAUUAUUGCCCAGGAUAAACCCUCGGCAUGGCUCGACUCUCUACGCAACCCAGAUUUUCCUGCAUUCAACGCCGUUGCAGUAGCAGAUAGACCAUCAUCUACCUACAAAGACGCCCAGUCUGCGCUACUCUCUCUCACCGGCGUGGGCCCAAAGGUGGCCGACUGUGUCUGCUUGAUGGGCCUAGGGUGGGGAGAAUCGGUGCCGGUGGACACACACGUCCUACAGAUUGCCCAGCGAGAUUAUCGUUUUGGCAAAAAGGGGCCUAAAACGAUAAACAAGGCCAUGUACGACGCGAUUGGUGACCAUUUUCGAAGAAUAUGGGGCAAAUAUGCGGGCUGGGCUCAUUCAGUCUUGUUCACAGCCGAUUUACGAGAGUUUUCAAGUCGCAUGAAAGAAGAAAAGGGCGAAGGAAUUUUUAUUAAAGAAGAGAUUUUAGCUGCAGAAGAGAUACCAAAGGGGAAGAGGAAAGCAACCGUGGAAAUUGAGAAAAAGGUACAUGUGAAGGAGGAGGAUGAUACGAAGGAGACAGUAAUAUUGGAAAUAGACACAACAGUUAAAAGGCGACGCACUAGGGCUCGGCCAUGA